CUCCGGCCGCCUCCAUCUCUGUAGCCGGAAAUGGACGGGCCAGGCGCGUUUGUUGUGGUGGAAGCCGCUUCCUCCGCUGCCUGCGCGGCCGCUGCGACGACGAAGCCCCGAGGGGAGAGGGCGAGGUUGCCCCCAUGAGUUCUCCUGUGGAGGAUGUCCAUGAUCCUCUUUGCCUGCGUGGUUCGGGUGAGGGAUGGACUUCCGCUCUCUGCCUCCACGGACUUCCACCUAGACCAGGACUUCUUGGAAUGCAGGAAGAGGCUCAAGAACUUGUCGUCCAUUCUGACACAGUAUCCAGAGCGUGGGACAGCCAAAGAACGUGACCUCAGUAUACACUUUCAUUCUUCUGGAGACGUGGCCUGCAUGGGGAUUUGCACCAGCAGUUUCCCAGCUGCCAUGGCGUUCUGCUUUCUGGAAGAGCUCCAGUGGGAGUUUGCCACUACCUAUGAUGCCACCAGUGUGGGCCUGGCUUCCAGACCGUAUGCUUUUCUAGAAUUCGACAAUGUCAUUCAAAAAGUCAAAGGCCGUUUCAAUUACACAAACUGCGCACAGACGAAGUUCAACUUGGAAAAGAUCCAAGAAGAGCUCCUCUUGCGGCCUCCUGCACUUGUGAAGUUGGAAGAUGCGGAGCUGAGGAAUGGGAUUGUGAACGGCCACACGGAGCUCUACAUGGAAUCUGCCCCUGCUCACAGAAUGCAACCUGUGUCUGCUUUGGGAAUCUUAUCUCUUGUUCUCAACAUAAUGUGCGGAGCACUGAAUCUCAUCCGAGGCGUUCACCUUGCAGAGUAUUCAUUGCAGGAAGACCGCAAAGGAAUUGGAAACGUGAUAGCAUUUCUCCUGCCCUUUGUAGCCUGCUUUUUGUUGUGCUGCCUUUACCUGUUCUACAGUUCAGCCAGGAACAUAAAGGUCUUUGUACUUUUCGUCACAGUCUGUCUAUGCAACAUCUACCUGUAUGGGUUAAGGAACAUCUGGCAGAUACUUUUCCACAUAGGAGUGGCUUCCCUUUCUUCCCAUCAGAUACUGACACGGCAAGUUGUGGAGAAACAGCCAGACUUUGGAGUAUGAAAACGAUUGUGGAAUACCA